GGAAACCGUUUGUCAUUCUAGCAAGGGAAGAGUCGUCACUAGUCAGCCACAAAGUCAUAAACCCUGAAUAUUUAUUCAAUGUAUUUUAUUAAAAUUCGAUUAUAAACCUAACUUUAAUCUAAACCAUAUACUUAUACUUAAAUUGAAAUUACGAUCAAAAAUUACAUUCUUUUUUUUCAUAAAUGUUUACAAUAGGCCUGUAGCCAAUUCAGACUUUGUGGCUGUGGCAACUAGUGGAAACCCGCAGGGAGGUCUAGGAGGCGGGGACAUUUUCAGGUUGGGUACCGAUUAUCAAUUUUGGAACUAGGACUCGUUUCGUAGGAUCUAACCGUUAGGCAACAGGCAGUCUUCACAUCCCGUUAGCUAGUUUAUACAUUGAAUGAGAGAUGUAAUAGAAACGCAGCGAUAGACACGCAUAGAUGACAUGACAUAAGGGAAACGUUGAAAGAUAGAGCUAGAAAUUAGGUGAUCUAGCCAACAAUACGGCGAGACGGAGCGCUAUACAAGUGAAGUGAACCAACAGUGGCAAAGAGUCCAACUUGAUAUUGGAGGACGCAGUAUGCCUCUGGAACAGGCUUGUCUAAGUGGGCGAGAGCCACGUGCAUACAGUAAGAAUGCAGAGGACAGGAGCAACACUGCCACCCUGCUGGCCUCAAGGAGUACUGCAGACACAGAGUCCAACAGAAGAGGCUCUCGCUGCGGAUCUGAAAAAGAUUCUGGAUAUUCGGACAACAACAGCUGCACAGACUGGCUCCAUGCGGAUAGAGAGGACCAGGGCAGCAGCGUGAGUGCGCCCAGGGGAAGGGAGGGUCUACAGAGCCAAGUCAAGCCCGAGCAGGCCCCUCUCCAGGAGAAUCACACCCUGGUCCCCAGCCCCGGAAGCCCCGACCUCACCCCCAUAUUCAUCAUCAGGAACGUGGUGCUCAAACAGAAUGGCUCAGACCAUCACCUCCAGAACAGAGGAGGAAGCUCCAAUGACUCUGGCCCCUGUCAUGUGAUCCUGGUCCAGCAGCCUAGUGAAGCCUCGGCCGCAUCCCCAAAGCCCAACAGAACACAGUCCUGGAGAUCUGACAGCACAGCUAUGAAAACAAAAAGCAGAACCUACCUGCCCAUUCUUAAGUCCUACCCUCGUAUCGCUCCCCAUCCCAGUAAGAAGCCAUCAGACAUAACCCCAGUGGAACCCCAUGGUAAGGGGACUGGCAGGGAGGACCAGAGCCAGGACAAGAGGAUGUGUACAGAGGACAAGAGGGAUGAGGUGUCCACUACUACUCACUUACUGACACCAUCCAGAAAACAUGUCCGCAAGCAGCCAGACCCCAAGAGAAGCCUGUCCCACUGGAGGAGCCCUGCCUCCUCCCGCUCCCCCAGCCCCCGCUCUCCCUCCACACUUUCCAGCUUUGUCUCCCGCUCUAUGUCCAGCUCCGACACCACCACUGCCUCCUCCUACUCCUCUUCCGGUGGCUCCUCUCCCCUCUCGGCCAGGAGGUGGCCUAGCAGGCACGGUCCAGGCCUGUCCCUGUUCAGUGCGGCACGCGACAGGCGCUUCCUGAACACGGUGGGCAUCCUAAGCCAGUCAGGCCUGCUUGACAUCACGCUGCGCACCCAGGACCUCCUCCGCCAGAGCAAUGCCACAGACCGAGACAUCGCCCAGCUCCGCCAGCACACACAGCUGCUGUACCAGGCCGCCAACCACCAAAACAACAACCCCUAUAACAAUGACCCUGAUAAUAACGACCCCAAUGCCAACACAGCCAACGCGGGCUGGGAGAGGAUACACCAGGCUAUGGCUCAGUCAGGCUGCUAUCCCAGCCUCAAGAACCUGGGGAGGGAAGAGGAUCACACCACUUCUAGUCCAGAGCCAGGAGUGGGAGGGGAUGCCAGUUUCAAGAGAGACUCAGUUGACCCUAAUAUUGCCACUCAUACCCACAAUGGGGCGGAGGCCCCGGUCCCACCCUCGUCCCUCCUGGCCCCCAUGUCAGAUAUGCUCCCACAGUACUGCCCUGUUUCCCUGUCACAGCAUUCUCCAGUCAGCGUCACCACGUCCCGCUCUCACUCUGGGCAGGCCAGUGCCAAACCCCCUGAGACAGUCACCAUCAUGCCCCCUGACAGUUCCACCCAUGGUGGUCUUCUCUAGCACCUGCCCAAGGAAAGGCAGGGCACCCGGCCAGUUUGUAACCCUCUAACAGUCACUUCACUUCAGCUCCAACAAAAUUCCUAGAGUGGCUGAGGGGAAGAGGUUGAAGGUUUAAUGACACAUAUCUUACAUAAAGACAGUUUAUUUUUUUAUCUACAUUCAUUUGUGUUUUUAGAUAAGCAUCAUUUUGUGGGGAAUUCACCAAUGUUUCUGAUGUCUAAUAAGUAUUAUUAAAAUGUAAUUGAGGUAAAGCACAAAUUUACAUAACAAAAAUACUAUUAGUUAAAGAGUUGCUUUAUAUUGGCCAAAAAUGGUCUUUCAUAAUAAGAAACUGACAGAAUGAGAUGACCUUUUAAUAGUGACUACAACUGCUACCAUGUAAACUGGAGUGACUUCAGGAAGUACGUCAUGAGCUGCCAGUAACCCAUGUUAAGCCUUGAGCCGGGACAGUUGAAAGAACAUUGUGUUUUGUUUAGUACAAUGACAAUCUGCAUUGUCUCUAGGUUGCUCGCUCUGUGCUUGGGCUAUGUUCUUUCAAAUGUAUUGUGGUGACACACUGUUCAAAUAUGGAACAUGAUGACACUGUAUUGAAAAAUGCGCCAUUGUUCAUUAUCAAUGGUAUUCUCUCAACAUGUUGGUAAGGAUACAAGAGUCCAGCUAGGUGUUGUGUUAAGAUAAAUGAUCAGUAUACAAAGAACUUUGACACAGAAGCAUUUCUAGGUGUGUGUCAGUUAAUUUGUCUGUGGUCUCCCCUGCUGCGGUCAUAAGUAUCUCCAUCUCUGCUCCAGAGGUCAUGUGCUCCGGCUUAGUCUUUCUAUUCCCGGGUCAGCCGGAGGUCAUGGUCCAGCCGACACAGGUGGAGGAAAUGCUGGUGAGUUGAGGGGAAAGUCAGCACAUCAAUAUGUCAAAACUUUAAUGGUUAAUGAUUUAAGUGAGUUAGUUGGUUUCUUCAAUACUUUAUGGUCAUUUUGCAGUGAAUAAAUUAUACCUACCCA